AAAACCAUCGAUUAAUCCUCUCGACCAUCGGUGUUUCUCCCAUCACUUUCGUUUCCGGCGAGGCAACUUUUUACAUCAUGGACAAUUCUGGAAAUAACCGCUACGAGCUGUUGUUCAUGGACGACGAUGACUCCGCCGCCAACUCCGCUCCUGCCCAGCCACAGACUGCCAUUCCCGCCGUAGUUGCGCCGUCCAAGAAGGCGGAGCAGCCGGCCAAGGCGGCAAAAAGCAAGCCGGAGAAGGAGAACAAGCCGGUGGCGUCGGCCCGCAAGGCCAACAACUCGAAUCCGGUGGCCAAAAACACGAGUCCGGUGAAGGGAGUCGGCGGCAAAGGAGCGCCAACUGGCGGAGAUCGCCCUAGGAAUCCGGCCACCAGCAACGGGCCCAGCAACCAGGGCAGAUUCAACAACAAUCAGCGCUACGGAAACAAGGAACAAUCGUCCGGAGAAUUCGGAAACGAGCUGCCGCAGCGCCAGUUUAACAAUCGUGAUAACAGGGGACCACCACGCGUACGCGCCGGCGAAAAGUUCGGCAAACGAGAGUUCGAUCGCCAGUCUGGAUCCGAUAAAACCGGUGUGAAGUCAAUUGAUAAGCGGGAGGGCGGCGGUGCCCAUAACUGGGGGUCCCCGAAGCAGGACAUUGAGGACCUCAAGACCGGGGAAUCGUCACCGCAGGCGGAGAAGGAGGACUCGGCCAAUGAGCAGUCGGCUGAUGCGGCGGCCGCUGCAGCCGCCGAGGAGGAUGAGUCCAAGCAGAUGACCCUUGACGAGUGGAAGGCUCUGCGGGAUCAGCGUGCCAAGCCCAACUACAACUUGCGCAAGGCGGGCGAAGGAGCCGCCGACAAUGCCGAGUGGAAGAAGAUGGUGGUGUUGAGCAAGAAGAAGGAGAGCAACAGCGAGGACGAGUUGGAGUACGAUCCGUCGCUGUAUCCCCAGCGAGUGGGACGCCUGCAGCGCAUCGUGGACAUCCCGUUCAAGUUCAAUGAUGGACGCAAGGGUGGCUUCCGCAAGGGGCCGCGUCCAGGAGGACCAGGAGGUCCCCGUGGCGAGGGAUUCCGCAGCGAUGGACCCCAUGGAGAGGGUGGCUAUCGCAACGAUGGACCGCGCGCAGAAGGUGGCUACCGCAACGAUGGACCUCGUGGAGAGGGUGGCUAUCGCAACGAGGGUCCUCGCGGCGAGGGUGGCUUCCGUGGUGGCCCGCGCUUCAAUUCCGGAGCCGCCACCAACGGUUUCGACAACAGACAGGACAACAACAACAGAUUCGGGGAGAAACGCCGCUCCGCCCAGAAGCCCCUGAAGGUCGACGAUGAAGCUCAAUUCCCCACUCUGUGCUAGGAUCAGAUCAGCAAGGAACAAUAAGGUUUAACAAUUUCUGUAUUACAUAAUAAGUAAGCAGCUCCUUUGGUUAACGAAUAACCAUUAGAUUUUCGGCCGUAAUCUAUGAAGCUUGACGACCGGUUAACAAACAAAAACAAAUCAGCCACGCUUAUCCAUAUUCCUUAGUUGUAAACAAAAAUUUUUGAAUUUUUUCACUCUCAUCAUUUACGCAUUUAAAAUAACUAUUAAAAAUAGUUGGAAUGUUGAAAUAAAUUUACUUCAUUUAUAAACCAAGGAAUAUUAAUAUGGUAAUUAUUAUUACUAUUAUUCUUUA